UCAAAGUAUCUCAAGAAUGGCUUUGUAAACACUGAUAAGAAGAUCUUGGACACUUAUGGAAAGACUCCUCAGCUCCAGAAGAGGCGUAUUUUGUCAGAUGAAGUAAAUAAGGAAAUAAACAAAUUUAUUUUUCAGCUUUCUGGAGAGCAGUGGACGGUAUUUCCAGAUUCUCUGAAAGAACAGAUCUAUCUGAAAGAAUGGCAUGUGUACAAUACAUUGAUACAAACCAUUCCAACCUACAUUGCAUUAUUUCAAGAACUGAGAGUACUGGAGUUGUCAAAAAAUCAAAUCAGCCAUCUCCCAGUGGAAAUUGGCUGCUUAAAAAACCUCAGAGUACUCAAUGUGAGUUUCAAUAAUUUGAAGUCAGUCCCUCCAGAACUGGGUGACUGUGAGAAUCUAGAAAAACUGGAUUUGUCUGGAAAUAUGGAAAUAACAGAGCUUCCAUUUGAACUAAGUAACCUGAAACAAGUCACAGUUGUGGACGUGUCAGCAAACAAGUUCCAUUCUAUUCCAAUUUGUGUACUUCGGAUGUCUAACUUGCAGUGGUUGGAUAUUAGCAGCAACAACCUGAAAGAUCUGCCAGAAGACAUAGACAGGUUAGAUCAACUGCAGACGCUUCUCCUACAGAAAAACAAGUUGACCUAUCUUCCACGAGCUCUGGUCAAUAUGACAAAGCUCAGUUUGCUAGUUGUCAGUGGUGAUGAUCUGGUUGAGAUACCCACAGCCAUCUGUGAGUCAACCACAGGUUUAAAAUUCGUAAGUCUCAAGGACAGUCCAGUUGAAACUAUUGUAUGUGAGGACACUGCAGAAGUUAUAGAAAGUGAACGUGAACGGGAGCAAUUUGAGAAAGAGUUUAUGAAAGCAUACAUUGAAGACCUAAAGGAAAGGGAUUCUACUCCUUCCUACACUACAAAAGUGUUACUCAGUCUUCAGCUUUGA